UUAAUUCAAGUCCAAACCCGCUCGUUUCUCUUCAAAACCCAGUCUCAAAAUCUCUCGCCUUUCCUCCUCGAGUUAUUUACUUGUUUUAAACGAACAGAGAAAAAACAAGUAUGCACAAACCUCCCCCACCCACACACACACAACAACCACCACUUCUCUCAUUUUGCUGGCUCUCUGCUUCCAUGUCUCUCUGGAAGUGAAAUUGUAAACCACCACCACCAUCAACACACACACUCUAAUAAACAUAAACAUAAAAAUCCUAAAAAAAACUGCCAUGGAUACUCAUGAGAUAACUAACAUACUGUUAACGAAACUCAAGAGUUUAGAUCCAGAAAACGCCUCUAGAAUUAUGGGGUUUAUUCUCAUACAAGACCCUACUGAAAAAGAUUUGUUACGGUUAGCGUUUGGCCCUGAAACCCUCUUGCAAAAUGUAGUCUUCAAGGCAAAAAUCCACUUAGGACUCUCUACUAACACGUUAUCUACACCCUCUUCUCCGUCGCCACUCAAUCCCAUAGCAAGGCCUUGUAAUAACACCAACCCCUUUCCACAAUCUUCUCCUAGAAUCACAAAUAAUGGUUCUUUUCUUGACUUUUCAAAAAACCCGUCUCCAAAUCCUUGGUCCGUUCACGGGCUGCCAAAUAAUAGUGACAGUAAGAGUUCAAUUAGCCCAAAGAGCAGUCCUUUUUUGUCCUAUGAUAAUAUACGUUCUGGGUCUGUUUUGGUGCCGCCAUUCUCGAGAAAUGGUGGUAAUGGCGGUGGUGUUUGCAGCAAUAAUAGUGCCGAUUUCCUUGGCGAGUAUCAGUCAGAUGAUCAUCUGUCGUUCUUCGAUGAUCCCUCUUCAAAAAACGAGGACUUUAUGGACCAAAGGGUUCAGUUGGGUGGUUAUUCAGUUGCUAAUGGAGAUGUCCAUUUGCAUAGAAGGAGGUUUUCAGAGAGUGAUGCGUGUUCUGGUGCUGAGGAUGGGGGUUUUGGUCUCCGGUAUAGGCAGUGUCUGUAUUUUGCUAGAGGGUUUUGCAAAAAUGGAGAAAGUUGCAAGUUUGGUCAUGGUGAUGAAAAUAUGGCUGAGGUUAAUGUUGGUGGUGCUCUUGUGAGUUCACCAAGGGAAAUGGAGGAACUUUAUUUGCAGCAGCAAGAGGAGAUGAUGAAAAGGAAGGCUGUACAGCAGCAGCAAGAGGAGAUGAUGAAAAUGAAGGCUGUACAGCAGCAGCAGCAGCAAAGGUUGGCUUAUAACAAGCACAUGAGUUUUCUGUUGCUGCAACAAAAUGAAGCCGAGAGAUUUGGCGCAGCAAUGAUGGGUGAUGAAUUUUACAAGUUUGGCCGGACCCGUGGUGGAAGGAAUGACUUUUUGGCAAUGGGAAUGGCUGAAAAGGCAAAUUCAGCAUCUAGACAGAUAUACUUGACAUUCCCAGCUGACAGCUCUUUCAAAGAUGAAGAUGUUUCAAAUUAUUUCAGUUCUUUUGGACCAGUUCAAGAUGUCAGGAUUCCAUACCAGCAGAAGCGAAUGUUUGGAUUUGUUACAUUUGUCUACCCAGAGACUGUGAAGGAAAUAUUGGCAAAGGGAAACCCUCAUUAUAUUUGUGAGUCGCGUGUGCUUGUCAAGCCAUACAAGGAGAAAGGAAAAGUUGCAAACAGGACGCAACAGUUACUGGAGAGGGGAGGUUUUUCACCUGCUUCAAGCCCUUCAGGGUUUGAUCCUAGAGAGCUAUGUGAUCUUCACCUUGGAGCAAGAAUGCUUUAUAAUACUCCAGAAAUGAUGCUGAGAAGGAAAUUGGAGGAGCAGGCAGAGCUGCAGCAAGCUAUUGAACUCCAGGGGAGAAGGUUAAUUAAUCUGCAACUUCCAGACUUGAGGGGAGAUCAUGCACAUCAUCACCAGCAUAGUCUCUCUGUUGGUGCUCCCAUUUCUCUGCCCACUCAUCAUACUCCCAUCAAUCAAACUGAUAUUCUAACCUCUGAUGGCAAGAAUGAGAUAACAUUAGAAGACAAUGGGAAUUGCUCAGGUGCCUCUAAAUCCACCCUUGUUCCUGUUGCUGCAGAGAAUCUUCAGGAUGAAGUGAAUGCAGCUUGCAUUCAGAACAAUGACACUGUUAAUUGCAAGGUGGAGAGCUUCACUGAAAGCCAUGGAAGCAAUUUGGAACGUGAUAGCCUCACAAAAUCUUCUGAGAAUCAGCAUCCGGACAUGUUCCCAUCUCAGGCCGAAGUUGAAGAAAGCAACGAGUUAUCCGUCUCUUCUUGUUCUGAAAAUGAUGCAUUAGUACCCACCACAUCUACCAGCAACGAGGCUUCUAAUUGAGUUCUAAAUGCCAAGCUAAUGUUUUGUAGGUAAUAAAGUUAAGUGUGGCCAAAGAGAUUAACUUAACUAGAAAAAUAGAGAAGCACAUAGAAGGAAGAAAGAUCCUGUUGAUGUAUAGCCUAUAUGAUACCUGCACUUGAUGGUAGAUGCGCAGGGAUUACCUCAGCUAGAUUACCAUCCUUGUCAUCAAUACGAUACUACUAACAGCAACUGCAUUUUACAUACGUGGUGGACGGACGAACUAGUUUGAGUAGGAUCUUCUCUUAGCUACUUCUUGCCCUGUUGGAGGUUGUGUGCUGGACCACAGACUGUAGCCGGACUUCAAAUAUCAUGGCUCUUGUUAUUAUGACAAUUACACUUUUACAAUCUCUUACCAUCGUUGUCUUAUAAUUGUUGAACACUAAGCAGCCUUUUAAACGGUGUUAAGAGAAUCAGAAUUCAAUGCGUAGUUGUCACGCUGAGGAGGAUAUGCAAGAAAAAAAUGGUCCUUUCCUUUA